AUGCAGUCUCGAUCAAGUAAGCAUCAGGAGCACAGUGGGCUUGCUGUUUCUUCAACGGCAACAUCACCAGCACCACCACAGUUUGCUGUGCAGCCGGAAGCCCAACCUUCUGAAGCUCAUGUGCCUGAGCCAAUGCAAGCCCUUGAGAGUGAAGAUACAGAAAUGGUUAGUGAACUGAACUCAGAUGGCAAAGGUAGAGGUAAUAAGAGAAGUUGGGUUUGGGAUCAUUUUACACCCUAUGAUGAUAAAAAAACUGUCAAAAGAAAAGAUGAGGCCACAGGGAAGAUGUGGAAAAAUGGGACUUCGGGAAUGAUAAGCCAUAUUAGAAAAUAUUGCAAAUACUACCCACCUAACCAAGAUAAAACACAAAAGAUAAUCACUGGUGAUAGAAGUCAGAGUAACAAAAUGGUUGCUAGGGGGUUUUUGCAAAGUGAUGUUAUGGAUGCAUGUGUUGAAAUGAUUGUGAUUGAUGAGCUGCCAUUUUCUUUUGUAGAAAAGAAAGGUUUUAAGAGGUUUUGUAGUGUUGCUUGUCCAAUGUUUGAAGUGCCUAGUAGGAGAAAAACAGUGAGGCAAUUUCUUAAAAUGUAUGAUGCACAAAAACAGCAGUUGAAGAAUGAUUUAAGUGCACAUAGGAUCAACCUCACGACUGACACUUGGACAAGUGUCCAAAACACCAAUUACAUGGUGCUUACUGCACACUUCAUAGAUUGUGAUUGGAAAAUGCACAAAAGGGUUUUAAACUUUUGUGUUAUUCCUAAUCACCAAGGCAACACCAUAGGAGACCUCAUUGAGAGUUGUUUAUUACAAUGGGGUAUAGAGAAGGUUUUAACCAUUACUGUGGACAAUGCCUCUGCAAAUAAAGUGGCAAUUGAUUGGGUGAGAUAUAAAAUGAACAAAUGGAACAAUUCACAGGCUGUUUUGGGUGGGAAAUACUUACAUAUGAGAUGUUGUGCUCACAUCACUAAUUUAAUUGUGUCUAGUGGGUUGAGGAAGCUGCAAAAAUCUGUUAUGGCAAUUAGGAAUGCUGUGAGGUAUGUUCGGUCAUCUCCACAGAGAUUGGAUUAUUUUAAAACCUCUAUUGAGAAGGAAAAACUGACCUGCAAAGGUCUUGUAUGCAUGGAUGUCCCCACAAGAUGGAAUUCAACAUACAUGAUGUUGGAUGCAGCCUUGAAAUUUAAGAAGGCUUUUACUAGAAUGGCAGAGGAUUUGAACAGCCCAUUCAUGGCUUAUUUCAAAGAGGCAGAUGAGGUAGUUGAUGAGGAUGGUGUAGUUCAGACUAAUAGUAGGCAGUGUCGGGUUGGACCACCAACUGAUGUAGAUUGGGACAAUGCAACAGUGUUUGUGAGGUUUUUUGAAGGUGUUUUAUGA